GUCUACUUUGGUUCAUUUUAGAUCGAUCCGAUUUUGACUUAUUUAUUAAUCAGGUUAAACAUGUCGACUUUAAUUUGAUCCGAACAAAAUAUUACAUUACCUUAACCUAAAUUACCUUAACCUAAUUGCUUCGUGUUUGGUCCGAAUCGUCUUUUCGUGUCGGGUUCAAAAUUAUCGGCCUAGUCAUAAUCGUGACUUAAAUUUCAACUUAAGACAUUAUAUGUCUUUAACUUUAUAAUAUUAUAAUUAAAAAAUAUAAUGUAUAAAUUUAUUGUAAUUUUGGUGAUUUAGUUGAGAGGGAGACAGCUAAUAUUCUAUUUUAAGUUGUGAAUCAGAACAAACACCCCCACCCACUCACCAACCACCACCGUCUCAAUCAAACCAUUUCUCUAAUCGAUCGAUCUGAACCAGAGAGAGAAAGUAUGCACGAUCCAUCGAACGGAGUCGAAGCCGAGAGAUUACUCGCCGUAGCUCACAGACUUCUCCACGCUCAAAACUUCAACGAAUGUCGCGAUUUCGCCGUUCUCGCACAAGAAAACGAUCCACUCCUCGACGGUACAGAUCAGAUCCUCGCCGUCGCUGACGUACUCAUGGCUUCUCAAACCAAGAUAAACAACAAUAUCACCGAUUGGUACGCUAUUCUUCAAGUUAAUCGUCGUUCAGACGAUCUCGAUCUAAUAAAACGUCAAUAUCGUCGUCUAGCUCUCCUCCUUCAUCCAGAUAAAAACAAAUUUCCAUUCGCCGAAUCAGCCUUUCGAUUAAUCUCAGAUGCUUGGAAAAUCAUUUCAGAUCCAUCUAACAAAUCGAUCUACGAUAACGAGAUUAAUGAAACGAAGAAGACGACGACGAUGAAGACAUUCUGGACUGUUUGUCCUUACUGUUAUAACUUAUAUGAAUAUCCAAAUAUAUACUUGGAUUGUUGUUUCAAGUGUCAGAAAUGCGAGAAAGCGUUUCAUGGAGUGGUGAUUUCUCCAUUGCCACCGAUUGUGCCGGGAAAAGAUGCUUAUUAUUGUUAUAAAGCGUUUUUUCCUAUCUUUAGUGAUCUGAAUCAGGGAUUAAAGAAGGAUUCAACUGUUCCUGUUCCUGUUUCUGUUUCUGUUCCUCCACAAAGUGAAUCGGAAAAGAAGGUAGCUCCUCCGGCAACAGAUGUAAGUACUACUACUACUGCAGUUCAUACUAAGAAAAGAGGUAGGCCUAGGAAAAAUAUACAGAGUUAGAGAUUUUCUCAUCUUCAUCUUCUUCUUCUUCUUCUAGUUUUUGUAGUUGUUACUUAAGAUUAUAUAUAUGAAUGGUUGCCAUUGAUUUUGGUAUGAGAGGUUACUGAUUUCAGAUCUGUUGUUGUUUUACAGAUAGUGAAAUAGUUUUUGGUUUGGGAGAUAUAUUAUUAUUUUGAUUAUUUUGUUUUAACCUGAUUUAUAUAAAUAUAUAAUAUAUAUUUAUAUAAUUUGGAAUGAGAGUUCUUGGGUACAA